AAAUGGACAGACAAUAGCAAGAUGAUGCGUAUAGUAGAUUUUAUGAGUGUCGUUUCUUUUGAAUAGAAAAAACGUAUUGUAAUGAUUGGAGCUCGCGUCUUUUCUAUCACGACAUCAAUCUUCUUCUUCCCCAGGAUCUUGACCCGACCCGUGUCCAGAUUACAACCGGCAGCUACUAGAUCCGUCGUCGCCAUGAGCACCACCACCAGCAAAAGUCAAGAGGAGCUCGAUUCCAUUUUCAAGCAGAAACGGAUUGUGCGUUCAACCGUCCGCAAAUCCCUAAAAGCCAUGGACCCUUCCCUCCGAACACAACAAGAUGAUGCCAUUCAAAACACUGUUCUUGAAGCUCCUUGGUUCAAAUCAUGUCGGGGAUUGUGUGCUUACAUUAGCUGCAAGUCUCUCAACGAAGUCGACACUUCUAAAAUCUUGUCCAAGAUUCUGCAACAUCCUGAUCCAAAUACAAUGGCACAGAAAAAGCUAUAUGUCCCUUGGGUAGAGGACAAGAACAGUAACAUGCGUAUGCUGCACAUAUCUCAUAUGGAUGACCUCAUUGCAAACUCUAUGAACAUUUUGGAACCAGCUCCAGUUGAUGCUCAAGGGAAUGAGCGUGAAGAUGGUACUACCCUGUAUAAGCUUCGCAUUAUAAGUAUUAUAUCACCGGCUAGAAAUGACACUUUGUUUUUUUUUCUAUGGAUAGUGUUACAAGCAGAGGAACCGGUCGAUCUAUUCAUCUUGCCAGGACUUGCGUUUGAUAGAUGUGGGCGACGUUUAGGCCGUGGGGGUGGCUACUACGACACUUUCUUGAAGAGGUACCAAGACCGUGCAAAGGAGAAGGGAUGGAGCAAUCCACUCAAGGUUGCAUUGUCAUACUCACCUCAGAUUCUUGACGACGGAAGUAUUCCUGUAACACCAAAUGAUGUUCUGAUCGAUGCCCUUGUGACACCUUCUGGUGUGCUUCCCAUUAGUCCUCGUGCUAUCGAGAGAACGUGAGCUCAGGAGCUUGUGUUUGGAGACGAAGCUCAGAUCACUUUGUUUGUUGGCGCUUGAAUGUUGCAUUUUGGAUUUUGACAAUUCAGCAUCUGUAUCUAACAUUGCCCAGUUAAUGUUUGUACUAUACUCGUUUCGAAUGUUCUUGAAUAAUGAGAUAUGAAACUAUAGCCAA